AUGAUACCGAAUGAUGCCACAAAUAUUGAAUGUGUAAAAAACGGUAGUUGUGGCCCUGUUUCUGAUGCUCUGUGGAAUAUUAAAUAUCACACUGAUGUAAUUUGUGUGAUUGAUGACGUAAAGCCGGUGCAUCGGAAGUUCUUGAUUGUCAUUUAUUUUUUGCCAGGCCUGCUUUACCUGUGGAUCGGUGAUCACACGCAUAGCUUAAAAGAUUUGCACUUUGCAAUCCGUUCAUUUGAAGAUACUUUCGUUAGUACCUUGAUUGGCGACAUAAAUUCAAAUUCCUCCGACAUUGCCAAAUGGCUGUCGCAUAAAAUUAAUUUGCCUGCUCUAGUCAGUUGUAAUGUUUCACUCAAUAGCAGUGCGAGUUUAAUUGAUCUGAAUGAAAAAGUGCUAAAACUGCUUAAUGACAAUGGAUUCCUUCAGUAA